AAGAUUAUAGACCUAUAAUUUAGGUCUUUGCUUAAUCCCAUUUCCACACUUGUCCACCAUUAAUGUGGCGUGCUGUUAGGUGUUGCUGAAUAAUCUUUUGCAUUCUCUUAAAACAAGACAAGUAUAGGCCUAUUUUAUUUUACAUGUUAUGCAUCAACAGGAACUCAAGUGUAGUAUUCUCCUCAGUGCACACUCUGUAUUGCUGCAUUUGACAGAGUGGGUGUUCUGACAGGCGUGGGCGUGUACCCAAGCCUCUCCAAAAACCUUUUACCUUUGAUUUGGGCUUUUAGACGGAGAAGUGACUUGGAGGAGCAUCGCUGCUCCCUUUUUGCUCCACAGAUCCACUUCCCAAAGCACACUUUGUUGUGUGACUGCAGAGCAAUUGGUUUUGAGGAAACCGCCGUUUCCUCUCACUGCAAAGUGCAUGUUCACAGGUAGCCUAUGAUUUAUGCCAUGAGGCGAAUAGGCCUAUGAAAGAGAACUGCGCGACAAACGUCCACUGAUCCGUUAUUUGACAUCUGGACCGCAUGAGAUGAGCUGCACAUGGACAUCUACACUGACGUUGAUGGAUUUUCACUCGAUGCUGGUGGGAGAUUAACUUGACAAGUGCGCUGCAUCCUUAUCGGGCUAUGAUUAAUUUUGGGAAUAUCUGACAUGGCAAGGAUACUGUCCAUCCUCACGAAAAUCAUGCUUCUUAAAAUUCUUGCAUUCAUUCUCUUCAAAGGUGUCUUGACGUCCGACGACUCGGUCACAUCCGAGGUCAACCCCGGGAGUCUUCCAGUCUCCAGAAGGGUGUCGGGCUCCGGGAGAGCCACGGGUAUACAGCUGUCUGAGGCAACGGAGGCUAAGUCCAGACCUAAACGCUGUACCUGUUAUUCUUACAAGGAUAAAGAGUGCGUGUACUACUGCCACUUGGAUAUCAUCUGGAUCAACACUCCCGAACGCACUGUGCCCUAUGGAAUGUCGAGCUACAGAGGACCUCAGCGAAUCAGACGUGCUGUCAGUGGACAAGCAAAUGAACACGAGGGGGCAAAGACUCAGCGCUGCAUUUGUGCCAUACUUGAGGCAGACCCUGAGUGCCAUGAUUUUUGCCUGUCAUGGUCAGUGUGACAUUCAUUGGAUCCUUCUUAGUCCUAUUAGCCCCCUGCAGACAGUGCCAAUCAGGAGUCUCCACAGAGUCCCUGGUCCUGGAUGACCGUUUGGAAUGGACCCUUCCCUACUCUUUGCCCCAUCCAUUCUCCAUUUGACGCUCUUACCUCCACAGGCACACUCACAUUAAAGGAAAAAAAACUUCGGAGUUUGACACAGACAUUCCUCAGAUUCAAAGCUAUUGGAGCAAGUUCCAUCAUGCCGAUUCAUUUCAAGAACUCUUCAGCAAAUUCAAUACAGAUACCUGGAGGCUAUCACCCUUUUGUUCCCUCCUGAAAGCAGCAUGAGGGUUACUUCCACCAUGAUAUAAUAGCCAUUGACCUUGCUUCUGUCAAGCUUGAUUAGACACACACUUUUUAUGCACACCUGGUUAUAUUGAGGACUACACUUGACUCUCUCUUUUACAAGAAUGAGAUAAGCUUUGAUCAACCUAUAAGGGACAACAAAGACAUUUUUAUGACAAUGUUGGUAAUCAGAAGUGCCACAAGCAGCUAUGUAAAGUAGGAGCAAGGCAUGCUAUUGUGAUAUCUUGCCUUUAAAAAUAUCAAAAUGGGCAACAAAAAAAGCUUUUGGCCACCGGUGUUAUCGGGCAUAUUAUUGAGCUUUGGUUUAUGAGACUAUUUACAGUCGGUCUGGAAAGCAUUAACACCCUGACAGUUUGCAUAUUUUCAACCAUAUUGUAUCAUUUGUGCUCUUUGCAACUGAAUUAUACUAUAUGUUGUGCUUUUACCUCACCACCACUGGUAAACUCAGCUUUAACUGGAGUGAAAAUAUCAUUAUCCAUAUCCAUUGUUGCACUGGGUGACAUGUUCCCUCAUCAUGAUGAACAUCGACCCUGUAGUUUAUUUUGAGUCAAUCCCACAUAUAUUGUCCUCAGUGGUGGAGAAGGUAUUCCAGUCCUUUACUCAAUUAAAAGUACUAAUACCACACUGUAAAAAUACUGUUACAAGUUAAAGUUGUACAUUGAAAAUGUUACAUAAGUAAAAGUAUGUAAGUAUAAGCAGGAAAAUGUACUUAAAAAGUAUUAAAAGCAAACUACUCAAUGCAGAUGAAUGGUCCCUGUGACUGUUAUAUAUUAUACCAUUGGAAUAUUAUCACUCAUGCAUUGAUGUAAAAGCAGAAGUUACUACUACUACUGUUGUGGUUGUUGAGGUGAAGCUAAUCUAUAUAAAAACAAUUAGGACACAAUUUGUUCAUUAUGGAUUAAUUGGCUAAUUAUUUUCUCUACUGAUUGUUAUUAAUUCACUAUUAAUGAAUGAAUGAAUAAAUGUCUUGUGUAUAUAC